GGAUAAAAAAGUUGAAAAAAUGAAUAAGAACAUAUUGAACAUAAAAACUAAUGAGAGUAAAGGUAUUUCACCAACAGAUAAAAACCUAGCAGAGUGUAGCUGUUCGAAUGAACAGAGUGAGUCAAGUGUGAGAAACCAGUUGACAAGCAAUAGGGGCGAUUCUAAGAUUACUGAACAAGUGAUUGCUGCCAAUAUAAUGCAAAUACAAACAGAACCAAAAUGCAAAGAGUUGAUAGAUCUUACAAAUAAAGAUGAAGAAAAUGUAAACUACUCGGGGUUCAUAACAGUGAUAAGAAGGAGAAGGAGACCUAUGGAAGGAAGCGGAUGUGGUGAUGACAACUUUCAUUGCAGACGAAAUGCUGUGGAUAUAAAUGGAUAUUGCACUGAAGUUGAUACAGAGUUUUCUGCAAUAACUAUAUUCAAUAUUCUGGAAGUAUGCUUAUAUCGAACAGACAAAACUACUGUGAAGACGCCCGAGGAUAGGCUAUACGACAGGAUUGCCGACUGUUAGUAAAUCGUGGCAGUAUUCCUUUGUUUGAUAUGAAUUAUAUACCCCUUGUGCAAGUCGCCUGUUACGAUAAUGUGUAUCAAAGUAUUCGAAAGUGGAUGAUUUAUAAGUACGGAGUCAUAACGGAGA